AUGAACGUGAAACACGUCUACACUGUGUCCGCUGGACUCUCAGGGGAGUUCCAAUGGGAGUACGACGCGCCUCCGGUCAGUAUCCCCGAGGCCACUGCUCUUCACCUAGGGGUAGUCCAACUUGGCCUCAUGGGAGGAGUCAAGGUCGCCAUGACGGUCAAUGCCAAUGCUGAAGCCAAAGUCACCAGCACCGUCCAGUAUGGUCUUCAACACUAUGUCAAUCCUACCCCGCCCUUAUCUCGUCUUAUCAUAUACUAUCCCCAUUCAGUAUCGACCACGAUCCCACCAAAGAGAGACACCAUCCUGACGCCCUAUUUCAACUCCACCUCUAUCGAUGGUCUAUUCUCUGGUGAAGCGUCCGCUUUGGUUGGCACGACUGGUAGUAUAACUCCGAUGCUGAUGGCUGGGGUCGCGUCCUCCGGUGGCUCAGCGCGUGCUGAUGCGUGGCCUGGCGUGGAGGUCGGGAUGUCAUUAUCGGCGCAAGCAACACAGGCCGUUGGCUUUGACUCCGGAGUCGCUUCUCUAACUGCCGGAUCGCUGUCUCAUUUGUACGUCAAAGUAAAGGCUGGCGUCGAAGCUAACGCUACAUGGGCGUGGCUCCACAAGUGGAUCGGCUGGACUCCGUCAGUGUCGGCUCCCUUGGAUCUCUUCACGCACCAAUGGGAUCUGUCUGAGAGGGUUCUGUGGCAGGCAAACCCGCCGCUCCCUUGA